UCUGAAUCAAAAGAGUUUGGGGUUUUCUUCCUCUGCAUCUCAAGUGAGUAGGUAAAAUCGAAAAUGGCGGUGGCUCAGUGGUGCGGCGCUAUUGCAAGGAGAGUCAUGAUGGCGGAGAGAGUAGCAGCGAAGCCAUCUUUGCCAGAACUGUGCGGUCGUGGUGACAAAAGAACGAAGAAAGGGAAAAUAUUCAAAGGAACUUUUGGAAAUUCAAGACCAAAGAAGGAGAAGCAAAUUGAAAGGAUUAAAGAAAGGGUUGAGGUUCCUACAUCUACUCCUUGGCCUCUUCCUUUCAAGCUCAUAUGAAACCUUAAACUUGGAUCUCUCUGAAUGAAUCAUCCACAGACGCAGGAACUAGAAAAAGCUAAGUUGUAUUCUGGCAACCUCUUUAUUGGAUAUUUUAUUUAGGGUUAAUAUCUUUUGUUUCUGAACGCAAAUUGAAGUCUGUACAUUUUGAUUUGAGUGAAUGAAUGUUUUUUUUUGAAUUCAGAAUAAUGAUUCUC